AUGCAACGUCGGUACCGGGCGCUGGAGAAGCUCCAGUCGCUCGUUGCCGCGGGCUCCUUGAGCGCGAGCGACGCCAGCCACCGCGCUGUCCAGAUCGUCGAGUCCACGCCGCAGCCCGUGCGCCUCCAGGAGCCCCGGCUGGCGGAGCUCUCAAAGGCGCUGCUGGCGCAGGCGGCCAACGACAGUGCCAAGGCCGCGCAGGUGGCCAUUCUCCAAGGUCGCCUCGACCGCCUCCGCGACGAAGACGUGCGCGUGCAAAGUCAGCUACAGGAGCUCGAUAUAGAAGACCCGACGACGCUCAAGGCAGCGGCGCUGCGCGACGUCGUCGAGUUCUCGCACGUGUACGCACUCUUGGAAGAGUACAAGUACCUCGAUGCGUUCGCGCAGCUCGCGCACAUUACGCCGUCGACGUGGCAGCGCACGCCACACACGACGCAGCAGCAGCUGCUCAAGAGUGCGACGACCGUCAUGGGCCACGGCGCCGUGCCCGCGCAAGACAAGAUGGCGUCGGCAUCGAGCAGCAUCAUGCAUGCCAACUUUUUAGCGUACAUCCGGACGCUCCACGACGCCAAGGUGCUACCGCCCAACUGGAUCGUACUGCCGUCUUCGAUAUCGGCCAUGAAGCUCGCGUCGCUCCUCGCCAAGGACGCGACCUGCCUCCUCCACCUCCUCAAGGCGCAGAACAACGCGUACGCCGAGAGCCUCACCAUCAGCUAUGCGCUCGCGCAGCGCGACCUCACCGAGCCGCAGGUGGUGGCGCCAUCGCCUGCGCUCUUGAUUGCAGCGAUCGAAACGCUCGACUACCUCAACCUCCACGGCUCGAUCCCGCUGGUGCACCAGGCGUACCGCGGGCCGCCCUCGAGCGAGAUUCUGGACUGUCUGCUGCGGGUGCUCGUCCAGCCGCGCCUCUCGCGCAAAAUGGCGCGGACCCUCAGCGUCUCGAUCACGCUGGACCUCGUCCCGAUCGUCGAGCAUGGGUGCUCGGCGGCGCUCCUCCAAGCGCUCGUGACCAGCGGCCUCGUGCACGACGCGUACGGCUGCUACCUCAAGCUGCACAAGCUCAGCCCCGGCGCGCGCGUGCCGACCUCGAUCUUGACCGACAUGCUCGUCGCCUUCUACAAGGCCAAGCAGUACGACCAGUUCCACCUCGCGUUUGACGAGAUGUGGCGCCGCGGCUACGUCGUCGGCCUGCACGAGUUUCGCGCGCUCAGCGCCGUCGUGCCGCCCCACGUGCUCCUGAGUCUCAUGGGCAGCCGCGACUACUCCAACUGCCUCGCCGAAGUGCACACACAGGCCAGCGCGACCGACCCGAUGCUGCUCGACCUGCGCACCCUUCCCGCGUCCCUUGCGCCGUCGCUCCUUUGGCUCCACGUCGAACACCUCCGGCCACACGGCCUACACGACGACGCCAAGGACGGGUUGCGCGUGCUUGUCCAGCAGCCGCAGGCAAUCGCGGCGCUCCAAGCCAGCCUCGAGCAGCACAACGUGCCGUGGACGUCGCCGCGCCGCGGAGAACUCUGUCUCGCGGCCGCCAGCGUCCUCGACUACCUCGAGCGCCAGGACACGCAGCGCGUCAAGGACUCGGUGUGGCGCAUGAUGGUGCUGCGGGCGCUCGGCGUCUCGUCGCUCUUCGUUUCUUAA